CGUCUGCUAUGAAAUAUGUAUCGAGUUAGUAAGUGGUAGUAGCAAUUCCUGCCCGAGGCAGAUGGAUCACUUUCAUUUCGCAGGAUGAUUUCCAGCCCCGCCGAGGAUUUCCCGAGUUGCAGCCGCGAUCGGAGGCGGCGGCCGGGCUGAGCAUGGAGGGCCAUGCGGGCGCUGCUCGCUGCGUGCAAGGCGAGCAGGAGUGAGCGGCGGGCAGAGAAAGUGCAGGCGACCCCGCUCCGCUCGUCCUUUGUCUGGAUUUGUCCCCUCUCCCCGGGGCAUGCUGGCGGCCCCUCCUCUGGAGAUUUUGGCUGGGGAUGUGGAAGAAGCUGUGGAAUAAUAUGGGUGGCAAUCACUCCCACAAAACUCCCGUGUUUGAUGAGAAUGAGGACGUUAAUUUUGACCAUUUUCAAAUACUUCGGGCUAUUGGGAAAGGGAGUUUUGGAAAGGUGUGUAUUGUGCAGAAGAGAGACACCAAGAAAAUGUAUGCCAUGAAAUAUAUGAAUAAGCAGAAGUGCAUUGAGAGAGAUGAGGUCCGAAAUGUUUUUCGGGAGCUACAGAUCAUGCAAGGCCUUGAGCAUCCCUUCCUAGUCAACCUAUGGUAUUCAUUUCAAGAUGAAGAAGACAUGUUCAUGGUGGUAGAUCUAUUACUUGGAGGGGAUUUGCGCUACCAUUUACAACAGAAUGUGCAUUUCAAUGAAGGAACGGUUAAAUUAUAUAUUUGUGAGCUGGCACUUUCACUGGACUAUUUGCAGAGAUAUCAUAUAAUUCACAGGGAUAUCAAACCUGACAACAUACUGCUGGAUGAACAUGGGCAUGUUCAUAUCACUGACUUUAACAUAGCGACUAUAGUAAAAGGAUCAGAAAAGGCUUCUUCUAUGGCUGGUACUAAGCCCUACAUGGCCCCAGAAGUGUUCCAGGCUUUCAUGGAUGGAGGCCCAGGAUACUCGUACCCUGUAGACUGGUGGUCACUGGGAAUUACAGCAUAUGAAUUACUCCGGGGUUGGAGGCCGUAUGAAAUUCAUUCCACCACCCCAAUUGAUGAGAUUCUCAACAUGUUCAAGAUAGAAAGAGUUCAUUACUCAUCUACAUGGUGUAAGGGCAUGAUAGCACUACUUAAAAAGCUCCUCACUAAGGAUCCAGAAUGUCGUCUCUCAAGUCUUGCAGAUGUCCAGAGCUCUCCAUACCUAGCUGAUAUGAACUGGGAUGCUGUUCUAGAGAAAUCCGUGACCCCAGGCUUUGUUCCUAAUAAAGGAAGACUGAAUUGUGAUCCUACAUUUGAACUAGAAGAAAUGAUUUUAGAGUCCAAACCCCUUCAUAAAAAGAAAAAGCGACUUGCAAAAAAUAAAUCCAAAGAUGGAGCAAAGGAAAGCUGUCCACUGAAUGUACACCUGCAGCAGUGCUUGGAAACAGUGAGGAAAGAAUUCAUCAUAUUCAACAGAGAAAAAUUAAGACAACAGCAGGAUCAAAGUGGACAGACGUCUAGUAUGGAAAGCAGAGCAUCCCUUCAGACACAUGGAAGGCUUCAGGAUGGACGCAACAACAAUAUACUGGGACAUGGCUGCACAAGAGGCUGCAGUAGCUAGUUAGACACAAAUUCUGGAGCAAAGCCUAACCCUGAACAUCAGCAAAAACUCAUCGCUGUGCAUGCAAUGAUUAUUUCUUCCCCUGCACUUCAAAAAGUGUGAUUUCUUUGAAAGGUGGAAUUCCCUAUGAGAAAUCCGAGAAGCACACAGGCUGGGAAUGCAGUUUACACAGCCAAUAUUGUUUCCCUUUAUCCUGUUCUAUUGGAAAAAUUGCCAAUGGCAGCAAAAUCAUGUUUUAUGAGUUGACCCCUCUUGCAACAUCUUCAAAAUCCUGGAACAAAACUUGAAAGGCUUCACUUGGCAAUCUCUUCAAGGUUGUCAUAUUCCUGGCUACUUGCCAGUAGCCAGCAUUGUCCUUAAGUCCUAGUAUUAUCAAAUGUUAAAUAUAUAUAUAUUCUUCUGCCUUUGUUCAUUAAAGCAAUCCCCUUGGAUUGAAAUCUGGAAUUUUGUGAACCUGCUAAACACAGUUCAAGCACUUGCUGCCACAUUUAUAAAUGUGUAUAUAUGAUGUAAAUAGAUUAAUGUGGUUUAAAAUAGAAUAACCAUCAAAUACUUUCAUUUAAACCCUGGAACCCAUUGAAAAAGUUGCAGAAUUAAUAUAUUCAGAUUGUUCUUUAAGUUUUUGCAUUCUUCUUUAUAAUAGAAGACCUGAUCCUCAUCUCAUUGACAUAAAUGAGAAUUUUGCUAUGGAUUAUAGUGGAAUCAGAUCCAGUGGUAGUGUAUUAUUAUGCAGGUGAAAGAUCAUUAUAGUAGUGCUAAUAGGCUGCCCCAGCUAGAAUUCAGAAACAGCUCAUGAAAGAGAACUGAAACUAUUAGAAAUUUGUUCAUGUCCAUAACAUGCAUAGAGAGAACAUAGAUGUUUUAAAAUGUGAAAAAGUAAUGUGUCUGUUUCCAUGGAUCUGUUCUUGAUAAGAGUCAUCUUGAGUAGAGAGAAAUAUGUCUACUUUCAGUAAUACAAUAUAAAAUCAGUUUUUAAAAAAGUCAUCACUUACCUGUAUAUUUAUGGUACUUUUACAACUUGUUACAUCCACGUUUUGAUAGUAAAUGCAUGAUUGUUCUACUGUAUUGUGUUUUUAUUUUUAACUGGCAUCUGUAAACAAAUUUCCAUUUUAACUUUUUUAAAAAAAUAAGUUUUUUGGAACUUAUAAUAAGUAUAUUAUUUUAUUUAUGAUGCUUAAUUGUAUUGUUUAUAUAUCUGUAUCUUUUACAAAAAUCCAAAUCUGUUCUUUAUAAUUGAAUCUAUUUUUACAUUUGGUUGCACAUUAUAUAUCAUUUCUUGUCAUUUUUUUGGUCUGAAUAAAAUAUUCAGAACAAUACAUAUUUUUACAGCUCCAGGAAUGAGACAAUGUUCCUAUGAAUAGCAGAAAAGCUUCCAGGUAUAAGACAGAAUGAUUUAAGAUCUGCCAUAUACAUAUGAUGCUGGUUAAAUUGCUUGGUUGGGACAUAGACUGAAAACACAGAAUCAAAACCAAGGAAAAUAAUUUUACUGUCCAGGAAAAGCUAGGUUUCAUUUUCCAAAAUAAACUGUCUUGUUCAGUUUUAUAA